UUAGUUGAGGUUAGGUUGCUACUGAAUGACAAUAUAAAUAGAGACGCAAAGAAAUAAGGAAAAAUUGUCAAUACGUCACUUACGUAUGAUUGCGACCACACGUAUCGGACAAUUAAGCACGUUAGACGUAAUGGCACAACGAAUCUUCAAAGGCGAUAAUGAUAACUAUAAUGGCAUUACAAUCGAUUCCGUUGAGGAGACCUGCGACAAUAAAAUAUUUACACAGCGUCUCAAAGAUUCUUUAGAGCAAUGGAUAAAGGAUAAAAGACGCACUAUAUGGUUUCGUGUGCACAUACCGCAUACCGAGUGGAUUCCGAUAUUAACAGGGCAUGGAUUCAUCUUCCAUCAUUCCAAAGAAGAAUAUGUUAUGUUAUAUCGUUGGUUACCUACUAACGAGGAAUGUAAUGUCCCAAAAUAUGCACAUACAUACUUAGGUGUUGGUGCGUUUGUGUUCAAUAAGAAUACUUGUGAAAUUCUUGUCAUUAAAGAAAAAUAUGCUCCUACUAAAGCAAGUUGGAAACUUCCAGGAGGCUAUGUAGAGCCAGGAGAAGAUAUUGAAACAGCAGCCAAGAGAGAAGUUUUAGAAGAAACAGGAAUUCAGGCAGAUUUCAAAUGUUUAAUAUCUUUCAGACACGGGCAUGAUUAUUCUUUUGGAUGCUCGGAUAUAUAUAUGAUCGCGUACUUAACACCUCAAAAUUUUGAAAUUGAUAAAUGUAAACGGGAGAUUUCAGAAUGCAAAUGGAUGAAGCUAGGUGAUUUCAUGCAACAUCCAGAAGUACAUGCAAAUAACAAAACUUUAGCAGCAAAAACAAUAGAUUUUCUUCAACAUCAAAUGGGCAUAGUUGCUAACUAUGGAGUACAUCCCAUUACUAAAAAGCAGAUAUGUGUGUAUAGUGUGCAGAAUACAGACUCUGAAAAUACAUCUGUAGAAUAAACUUCGUCUUUAGAAACAAAUGUGUAUAUACAUAUAUAAAUAAAAUGAAAUACUAGAGA